CGGACCAAUGGGAAGAGCCGCCGGCGGAUUUGAACGAGGCUCGGAAAGAGAGGCUGGCGCUCAGCGCUAACUGUACCUGAGGGGCUCUAAUCAUGGCAUCAGUCCCGCCCCCUGAAGAGGGCAGCGUGACGGUGGUGGUGCGGGUACGGCCACAGAACCAACGGGAGCAGGAAGGGAACCAGCACAGCACAGUGCGGGUGGUUGAUGACAGAAUACUAGUGUUUGACCCCGAGGAGCCCUGCCUUCCGGGGGUCUUCAUGGGAUUCCGGGGACACGAUGCCCCCAAACGGAAAGGCAAGGACCUCAAGUUCAUGUUUGAUCGAGUGUUUAGCGAGCAUGCUACACAGGAGGAGGUGUUCCAGCACACAACGAAGGAGAUCCUUGAUGGAGUGCUGAAUGGGUACAACUGCUCUGUGUUUGCCUAUGGUGCAACAGGGGCAGGAAAAACCUACACUAUGCUGGGAUCUGAGAAGAGCCCUGGUAUUAUGUACCUCACCAUGGUGGAGCUGUAUAAGAGGAUUGAAGCCAGGAAGGAUGAGAAGAACUGUGAGGUGCUCAUUUCCUAUCAGGAGGUGUAUAAUGAGCAGAUUCAUGACCUACUGGAACCAAAGGGACCUCUGGCAAUCCGGGAGGACCCAGAGAAAGGGGUAGUGGUGCAGGGUCUCUCCUUCCACCAGCCAAAGUCAGCUAGGCAGCUUCUGGAAAUGUUGGCUAAUGGAAACAAAAACCGCACACAGCACCCCACAGAUGUCAAUGCCACGUCUUCACGCUCACAUGCCGUCUUCCAGAUCUAUGUGAAGCAGCAGGACCGUGUUGUUGGCAUCGCUCAGGACCUGCAGGUAGCAAAAAUGAGCCUGAUUGACCUGGCUGGCUCAGAGCGAGCUUCAGCUGCCAACACCAAGGGUGAGCGGCUCCGGGAGGGCGCCAACAUCAAUCGUUCACUGCUGGCCCUGAUCAACGUCAUCAAUGCCCUGGCAGAUACAAAGAGCAAAAAGCCCCACAUCCCAUAUAGAGACAGUAAGCUCACCCGCCUGCUGAAGGAUUCUAUUGGGGGCAACUGUCGGACUAUCAUGAUUGCUGCCAUCACCCCAUGUACACUGGCCUAUGAGGACACCUACAACACGCUGAAAUAUGCCAGUCGAGCCAAGGAGAUCAAAAUGUCGUUGAAGAGUAACAUGCUCAGCCUGGACUGCCACUUCAGUAAUUAUGCAGUUAUCUGUGAGCAGCUGAAAGCAGAGGUGGCAGUUCUGCGAGCAAAGCUCCAGACUUACGAGAGAGAUGCACAAGUUGCAGACCAACAGGUGCCAGCUGCUCUGGCACACUGUAGCCCUCACCAAGCCAAACUGCUCAGGUCAGAUGAGGCAGCCCAGGAGGUAUGCUCAAAUGAUGAAGCCCUUUGUAAGGGGGCUCAGGAAAUGGUGACACAGCAACAGGAACUGAACAUAAAACCAUCUUUUCAGCAGCAGGAGCUGGGAACAGCAGAAGAGGCUUCAGAGAAGAAACUUCGCAGCUGCGUGGAGUUCCAAAGCACAGAUGCCCAGCAGAAAAUCCAAGGAGCAAGCCCUCUCUUACAGGGGCUCACCAGCACCCAGACAGAAAGGCUGGUAACCACUAUAUUGCAUGUUGCCCAAAAGCAGUUCUCUCUGCUGAAGGCUGCCAACCUCCUAACCCCUGACAUGAUCUCUGAGUUUGAAGAACUGGAGCACCUGGUACAUGGGAAAACCAGUAGACAUCAAGAGCAAGUUAGAAACCUAGACAGAUCCAAGGUGACCAAUGAGACCAGCCCAGCCCAAGAAGCAGGACAGCACUCAGACAAUGUAGUGCCCUCAGGACAAUAUGCGCCUGUCACAGAACAUUCCGCACCAGUGACAAGGUCUGCUGCACGGCAGUUGCAGGAGCUGAUGCUGCUUCCCAGCCCCUCACUCAAGACUUCCAAUGUGCCAACGAAGAAGAGGAGGAGGUCAGAAAUGAGCAGCCCCUCCAAGCCAGGAACACCUCCCACCCUGAAAAGGCAGGCGAAACGCCAACGGAAAUCAUCCCUUUCUGGCCUAAACAGCAGCUCCAUAGAGCAAGUAGCUCUUCCUACAGAAAUUCGCAGCCAUAGCACCCCUCUUCCAAAGGAAGCCAAGCCAUUUCUGUUCCCUGAUGAUCACAUCCCCAAAUGCUGCCCAUCAACGGUCAUCAAAAGACGGGUGCCCUUGGCAGUAUCUGCUGCCCAGAACUGCUGCAGUCCAUCGGCAGUGACCAUCAGAGACCUGAACAUGACCUUUGACCUUUCUGAGGAUAGCUGUUCAUCAGGCUUGACUAAACCAACAAAGUUCAGUGCACCGGAGUUCCCUGGCUGGGAGAAUGUCCAGUGCCUCGUAAACAAGCCAGAUGACCCUUUAAUGCCCAGGCCUUCUGUACCAGUGUUCAUCAUGAAGGGUUCUUCUAUCCCCCGUGGGAGCAUCACAAAGCCAUCCUCAUCAGUCUCUAAGGUGUCUGGACAGAAGAGAAGGCGUUCUGUGAACACUGCCUCUCGCUCCCUGGGUGGUCUGCAAAGCCAAAGCCGAAUUGCCCGACUCCAGAGCAACACCAGGAAGUCCUUGCAGACCCCAAGUGUCCCAGAACAUCCCUCCUGCAGCUUUGCCUGGAGAGGCAGCAAGACGAGCAAAAAAGAGCUGAUACCAGUGAGUGGAAACGUGGUGGCAGGGCCCAGGUCCCAGGCCAUGAAGCUUCUCUACUAAAGCAUCCUCAGACCAGUGCUGUCAAGUGAAGAGCCAAAUAAGGCCAUGGACCAAACAUUGAGGAAGUUGUACCCACCAGAAUUGAAGCAUGGAUCUCCACUCAUGUACAGCCUUGAAUUAGUGCCUCACCUCCCAGUAACAGAGUUCUCUGAGCAAGCGGCCUAUCCCUCCCCUUAUCCUCUGUCCUGCAUAUGGUCUGCACCUGGAUUGGUUACCAAAAUUUGCUUUCCUGUUGCUUAUGUUUGUUGAUUAUCAGUGGUGCAGUCCCAUAUGGCUAAACGCAGUGUUGUUCCAGCCUCACCUGGAGAUGCAAGGUGAAACUGGAGCCUUUUCUGCAGGAGGGAAGUAGUCUCCUUACCUCAACUGAAGGAGGGAAGAAUUAGGUGGGGAAUCUGCCAGCAGUUUCUUCCACAACCCAGAUCCCACCGGCUAGCCAGAAGGAGCAAUGCACACUUCUGUUCCCUACACGUGUUUGCAGGACAGGCUCUCGGAAAGGUAAGUAUCAAGUGUCCUGCCCAGGCUGCUUUCUAUGGCUUGGGCAGCACAUCCAGGGCCAUAGAGUCUAGUCCCCUGUUAUUGCAGGCAACCACAUCAUAUAAUCCCUUUCAUAGAAUUCUUCCCUAAUCGAAUAUUAUAUAUAUAUAUUUUUUUUUAUACCAGAUGGAUUAUUGCUAUUCUGUCUUAGUCCCUGUGUAAUCUCCUCUGUGGUGUCGAGUGAUAACAGAUGGGCAAUGCCUAUUUUUAUUAAAACUCUUAGUUUAACAAA